ACACAUCUAAGACAAUGCAGUGCAAUAAUGUGUGUGCUGCAUGGGGAGGCCUGUUAGCUGUGCCUGUUUGUUAUUGAUCUGAACUGAAUGACCGGACUGAUGAACAUAUGUAGCGCUGCCAACACCGAAGAGACUCGGAGGAGUAUCACACUGCUGCAAGCUGCUUUACAACAGGCUCCAGCAAGGCCAAGGAAAUAAAGAUGGCACCUCUGUGCAGCAAUGCAACCUGUCUGAUUUGUUGCUGCUGUUCAAGAAGAAGAAACUUCUCUGUGACCAGGAUCACCUACGCCAUGGUCUUACUGUUGGGUACCAUUGUUGCCUGCAUCAUGCUGUCACCAGGUGUGGAUCUGCAACUCAAGAGGAUUCCAGGCUUCUGCGAGGAUGGGGCAGGUUCUUCUAUUCCAGGCCUUCACACUCAUUUCAACUGUGAAAUGUUUGUGGGCUACAAAGCAGUGUACCGUGUCUGCUUUGGCAUGAGUGUGUGGUUUCUUGGGUUUUCCAUCCUUAUGAUUAACAUCAAGACGAGCAGCGACCCCCGUGCUUCUGUCCACAAUGGAUUUUGGUGUUUCAAGUUUGUGGCAUUGGUGGCAGUUAUGAUUGGUGCCUUUUAUAUUCCAGAUGAGCCUUUCACCCAUGCGUGGUUUGUCAUAGGCUCCUGUGGAGCUUUCUUUUUCAUUCUGAUCCAGCUGGUGUUGCUGGUGGACUUUGCUCACUCCUGGAAUGAAUCCUGGGUGGAAAAGAUGGAAAAUGACAAUUCCAAAAGCUGGUAUGCAGCUUUACUGGCUGUGAUGAUCCUGAACUACAUCAUGUCAUUCACCGCUGUGGUGCUGUUCUUCCUCUUUUACACCAAGCCUGACGGGUGCUUCAUCAAUAAGUUCUUUGUCACGUUCAACAUUGUGUUCUGCAUCUUGGCCUCUGUUAUUUCUGUGCUGCGUAAAGUCCAGGAGUCUCAGCCACGGUCAGGUCUACUUCAGUCCUCCUUCAUCACCCUGUACACCAUGUUCCUGACCUGGUCUGCCAUGACCAAUGAGCCUGAUCAAAAUUGCAACCCCAACCUGCUCACCAUCUUGCAGCAGUUUGCAUCACCCACAGUUAUUCCUCUGGAGAUAGAGAACCAAACAGAGGUGGUGAUCAUUGGCACAGAGGAGCCCAUCCUCACAUCCCCAUACCUGCAGUGGUGGGAUGCCCAAACCAUCGUGGGGCUCAUUAUAUUUGUCCUUUGCAUUCUCUACUCCAGCAUUCGCUCCUCGAACACUAGCCAGGUCAACAAGUUGACCAUAGCCUCCAAAGACCCUGCCACCCUGGCUGAAGCAGGGGGCAGCAGUGAUCUGUUGGAGGAGUCAUUGGAAGCCAGGCAGGUGGAGGACAAUGAGCGGGACAUGGCGCAUUACAGCUACUCUUUCUUUCACUUCAUGCUCUUCUUGGCUUCACUCUACAUCAUGAUGACACUGACCAACUGGUACAGCCCUGAUGCAGAUUACACUAUAACCAGCAAGUGGCCGACGGUGUGGGUUAAGAUCACGUCCAGCUGGUUGUGUUUGGCCCUUUACAUCUGGACCCUGGUGGCCCCCAUGAUCCUCACCAACCGAGAUUUCAGCUAAUUUAUUAUACUAUAGAAUUAAGAGCUGUUUGUUUGUGUGUUUGUGCCAUAAAGCUUUAUCGGGAACAGUCAGCUACACAAGA